AUGGAGCAGUCCAUGUGUGAGGACUCUUUACAGCCGGCUGAUGUCCCAAAAAUAAUUUUAGUGCGAUUUGAUCAAGAUUGUCAUGAGGCCCGCAACAUUUUUCAACAGAAUGUUGCUGUUGUUCGCAAAUCCAUCCGGAAGAUGUUACGUAAAUACACCCUGGGAUCUGGAGAUAUCGUUCGAUCUCUUAAUAUUUCAAACCUCAAUGGAGCACCUCGGUUCAGGAUACGACUUACGUGCAAUUCAGACCUAAUGUUUUCUUCUGAAGAUCUACUAAUGAAGUCUACAUGGUCAGAAUUGCCAUUCGUCACUGCUGUUUUUGAGCGAGAAUCCACUGAAUGCGGAAAGAAGUUUGUGGGCGAAGCCUUGGACAAAAAUCUGAAACCACCAGAAAGUCUGAAUGAACUAGCUACCCGCCUUGAGAAAGUUGAGAUUUUGCUCAGUUCUUUCGGCUCACCCAAGCAUACGGCAAAUAUGGCGUCAGUGGCAUCAUUAUCCACCGGUAAAAAGAGACCCCGUGCCACUUCAAACCCAGCAUUGACAAAAUCGUUCUCCGAGAAAAUUGACUUCACUCCUUCAUCAGUGAAGGGAAAAAAGUCAAAAGCUUUACCUAGUAACAAAAGCCUUUACGUUUGGCGAACUCCCGCUGAAUUUCUGCUUAACUUGGACGAAGUUAUCGAGUCAGUCGCCUCGGGUCUUUUCGAGGCAAGUGAAUACAUCGACACUUCCCCGUCUAGAGAUGCGGGUCUUCGAGAUGACGAUGAUCAAGCGGACGUCGAUUUAAAUGAAACACUGUCUCCAUUAACAGAGAAGAAAAAGUCGAAGAAAAAAAGGAAUAAGAACCAGUCUGAUUCAAAUACCGGUGAUGAUAGUCUGUUGAACGGCUCCCUAUCUAAACCUAAAAAAAAGAAAAAAAUAGUUGACUAA